ACAAACUGGGAGGAGUGAACACAGGCAGCAGCAGGGACUUUUCAGGCUUUGGGUGGAAAUUUGAUGUCGUUUAUAUUCAUUUUAUACCAUUUGUAACUGUUUUUCCUGAAUACUUUGAAUACUUUUCCACACUCGUUUUUCGAUUUUUGAAACGGCUGAAAACCUGAAUCACUAGGCUGCAGCUAGCUACCUGUGUUUCAUAUUAAAACUGGGCAGAUUUUUUUCGACAGGGCUUUUAAAUACAAAGCCAGCAAACAAAAUAGCUAACAAGACAAGACAUUCAUGAAGUAACGUUUUGUGUUAUACUCAACGAGGAACAAUUAUUCCGAUUUUGGAACUUGAACCGCAAUACUACCUGUCUUUGAAAUAGUAUCACAAGUUGCAGAAACGUUUAGCUAACGUUCGCUAGCUCCAGCAGAAUGACGGCAGUGCAGUUGAUGAACAUCCAGAGGUUAUUGGAAGCGGCAGAAUAUCUAGAUAGAAGGGAGAGAGAGUGUGAACACGGAUAUGCAUCGACGUUUCCGUCGUCAAUUCAGAACACGAACUACCAGAGGCAAAAUAAAUUUCGAAACAAGAAGUUCCACAAUAACCAUAACAGGUCGACACAUAAUGAGUUGGAGAAGAACAGUAUCAUCUGGACCUAUGUGUUGUCUUGUUAUCUACUGUAUCUGUCUCCAACCUCUCUCUCUCUCUCUCUCUCUCUCUCUGUGUUCCUCUCUUCCAGGAGAGCCCACCUGCGUCUGUGUUUGGAGAGGUUGAAGGCCCUCAUCCCUCUGGGAAAAGACUGUAACCGUCACACUACCCUGGGGCUGCUCAACAAAGCCAAAUCACAUAUUAAGAAACUUGAAGAGGCGGACCGUAAGAGCCGUAACCAGCUGGACAGUCUGGAGAGGGAGCAGAGGCACCUCCAGCGCCAGUUGGACCUGCUGCAGGGGGGCACCGGGGCCGGGUUAGGAGGCACUGGGCCGGGGGAGGGAGAGAGGAUACGCAUGGACAGCGUGGGCUCCACCCUCUGCUCCUCCGAGCGCUCCGACUCGGACCAAGAGGAGAUUGAGGUGGACGUGGAGUCUACAGAGUUCUCGGAGCACGGGGAACUGGACUCGGUUUCUACGGCCUCCACCAGCGAUCUAGACGACCACAGCAGCCUUCAGAGUCUAGCCAGCGACGAGGGCUACUCCAGCUGCAGCAUCCUCAAACUCUCCUCAGCCUUCUCCGGAUCCUCCUCAUAGGAGAUGGCUGUUGGGUGUAGACUCCUCCCCCCACCUCGGGGGGCUAAACCAACAUCCAAAGACCAACCACCUGAACCUGGCCAGCGACGACGGUUACGAGGGCAAACGUUAAUCCAGCGUCCUCGUCAAACUCAUCGCCUUCUCUGACCGGCCGAUUAGAGUUGUCUCCAGCUCCAGCUCCAACCUGCAAAAACCUUGGCCUCCCACCUCCAUCCACCGACCCUGUUGUGUAUCGUCAUGUCACCCAUCUACAUGUAUCAUCGCCGACUACACCAUCGCCAUGGCAUCCCUCAAGUGGCGCCCUGACGUCCUUCUAACUUCCUGUCUGUAACCCCUCCCCAUCGCACCAUCCGUCGCUCUGCUCCAACUCGCUGCUGAAACUCAACCCCCAGUCUGAGAAGAACCCCCCCCUCGGAACCCCUCAACCCCCUUCCGUCCCAAGCAGAAGGUCCAACCCUCCGCAUCGUCCCGAUAACAGGUACAUGAAGAACAGAGAUUGAUCCAAACACAGAACCAACCAACCUUUAUUUUGAGAAUCUGAAUAAGAGCAAUGGUUUGAGAUGAGAUUUUUACUUGAGUGGCUUUAUGAAUGAUUGAAAAUGAAGAUGAAAAAGGAUGUAUUUUUAUGAACAUGCUGGGAUCAGCAUUAUCUUGGUUUUAUUGCAGACAUAAUCGAAGGGAAUAGACCACUUUUUUUAAAUCAAACAAUUGAUUAAGUUAUUUUAGAAACAAACAAAAAAACAACCCCAUAUUUUAGCAUCAGAAAUGCACUUACACUUCUAAUAUAUAUUAGAAUAUUUUAUGAUGACUUUUAUUUGUUUUAAAACCCUGUUUGGUUCUAUGUGUUUGAGUGUUUGCUCUGGUCUUGUGUCCGAAGUCAAGUCAAUGUUCUGCUGGACUUAAAAACUCAUUUGGGAACAAGUGGUAAUUUGGACACAGACUCUGUGGAAUGACAAGAAGUCUACUAGUCAUAUCAACACAUUUUGGCCCUUGAACGACGUCCUUUUUUAGUUUAGAUUUCUUGUCUUUGUGUUGUUGUUUUUUUACAACUGUGCAGCCACAGCACUGCACCCAACAGACACUUGAAAUGGUGCUACCUGAAACAGCAACAACAAACCCAUCAACAACGCAGCUCAAACGCUUGUACAACCAACGCUCCUUGUCUGCCGUGUCAUACAGGACGUUUCCAUCCCAACAUGCAUCAUAUGCAUUCCCAUGGAACGUGGUGCUCGGUGUGGAAAUCAACCUUCAAAUGGGUUUUUACAACAACGCAGCAGCAAGCUAUCCUGCAGCUGCCUACCUUAGAGCUGUCUAUGGAAACACAUUGGCACAAUUUAAAAAGACAGAAUAGCAAGGAACGUUGGGCUAUAGAGACAGCACCCAUCCUUUCUCUCGAUCCAGCAGUAACAAGCAAUAACUAUUUAUAGUCGUUUUAUUUUAUUUUUAAUUUCGACCAUUUGACCUACUGGUUUUUUCCCCCUCUCUUUUCCAAGGCAACAGACCUGUGGCCGCCCCAAAAAAAGCUCAUUCAACUUGGUUUGUUUUUUUGUACAUAAUUAGAUGGCUUACAAUUAGGCUUAAUAAAUUAACGAUGAAAAAAGGAGUGUAAAAAAAUAAAAGUUAGAAAAGUUGUGUAUAGAAAAAACCUAUUGCCUCUGUUGCUGUUUUUGACCUUGUGUUUUUGUGCAUUUUAAAUUAUAUUUUUGAAAAGAUUUAUUCUACUUCUCUGAGUGUGACUGGCAAGCGGUCAGUCAGUCGUCCACGUGGCAUGAAUUGGACAGUAUUGCUUUGUUCAUUUUGCUGGUUGAAACGUUCAAAAGUGACCAUUCUGUAGCUGUCCCCCAUCAACCCCAAGAGAAGUUCCACUUCAUAGUACUUAACUUAAAGUUCAAGACACAACAACAAGAGAACAACAACUAUAUGGCUGUAAUACAAAAUGGCCGCCACCCCAGGACAUCUUCUGUUCAUAAAUACAGCGUUUGUGUGGCACUCUUAUUUAUUCAAAUUUGUUUGUUUUUUACUUUUAUUUUGAAAACUCCUAUAUGGCAUUCCACUGGUGGUAUCUGGUGAGCUGUGGGGGAACUCGAGUCUGAAGUGACAACACCAAGGUGUAUGAUGAUGUCAUUGACUGUGUGUGUACAUCCUUAGCCCUUGUUACUGAAGCGAACCCAACUUGCACUUUGAAAAGUCUUGUUUUCCACUGGUAUUCACGUAUCUCUUCAUAUGAAAGAACAAUCCCACCCUGACCCUUGAGUUUUUGAAGUUUAUAUAUUUAUUAGCCUAUUUCUCCAUCCCUCACAGAACCAACACAGAACGAGGGGAAAAAAUGAAAAAAGUUAACUUAUUUGGUUUCUGUCUUAUCUUAUUAUUCUCCCUAUUUCUUUAUGAUUUUAUCCCUUAUUUUAAGAUGUUAUGUUUAAAAGUGAAACAAUUUCUGUUUCCCAAAUGGCACCCUAUUCCCUACAUAGUGCACUACUUUCGACCAGACUCUGUCGAAAGUAGAGCACUAAGUAUGGAAUAAGGUGCCAUUUGGGAAACAGGCAACGGUGAAUCGUAGUGAAAUCAGUCAGGAUACCAGGCUAAUGUUGUUUUGUUAGACGGACACUUGAAAUGUAAUCAGCCCCCAAGCUGCUCCCAGUACUGAGCCUCUUAUGCCUCCACGGUCCAGUUCCAAACUGACCCCAAGCUGUAUGGUCAUUUCUUCUCCUCUGAUAGGCUGGGUGGAGUUUUUGUCAUAACAGUUUACACCAAAUCCAAUAAUCCUAGAAUUUGCUAGGAGGGGAUGGGGGUGUAGGGUCAAGGGAUUGAUUUUGGACUCAGCCUACAAUAGCCAAGUCUAAUUGGCAAAUACUGAGCCAGCUACUAUACAAAAUGGGGGCUAUCUAACUCCACACUCCUCUAGUAGGAAGACAAGUAGGAGUCUUUACUAGAUUAUGUUUUAGUCAACAAAAUGUGUCUUACAUUUACAAAAAGCCUCAGAUUAAUAUUAUUGAGAACAAAACGAAGGAUAUCAUUCAAGGUGUACAGUUAGAGUGUAAUCUUGCGGGAUUUCAUGAUCUCCUCAAAUCUUGAUGGUUCACUGACGAUGGUGCUUUCUCCAUAUAAACAAGCCAAACAACCUCAGAACACCAACAGUGUCCUCUUCUCUUUCACAGGGGGCAGAUUACUUCACUCUUUCCUUCAUUUACACUUUUAUCGUCUAGCGCUUUUUGUCUGUCGUUUUUUGAACCUGCACUAUGAGAAAAAAGGGCCCAUAUUUAAUGAAAAACUGUGUUUUUCCCCAAUACCCUCUCUCUUUUGUGUGUGUUGUCUGGUGUCCUUAGUGCGGCCAUAUAAGUGAUACCUGCUUUUGGCUCUGUAUGGCUAGCAGUAUGUUGUUAUAUCCAGAUUCGGGGUCUAUUCUAACUCAAUUCCUAUCUGUUGAGUUCAAGAUGGGAAUUUCUUACCUGGUAUCCAAACUGAAUUCACAUUCCAUUUUGCGGAUGGAAUUUAGAUGGAAUUGACCUCCACCCUGAAUAAUGUCACUCCAGUGUACUAGGUAUUGGUCUUAUAGACAACGACUCGAAGGGGGGAAACGAAUAGCCUGGGACCCAGAUCUGUUUGUGCUGUCUUUCCAACUCCUAUGGUCAUUCUGGUCAAGACAGCACAAACAAAUCUGGGAACCAGGUGAAGGCAGAAUGAAUGGGUCAAAGUAGAUACAGCUAUUCCCACCUCCAAACAGGACAGACCUAGCCUGGGUUAAACUAGGCUGAAUGCUGUGAUACGAGUUAGCGUAGCAUUCAGUCUGGUUUAACCAGGCUAUAGGAGAGACUAUAGUCCCCUUGUUGUUCAGAUGAACUCUGUGGCCAUCAAUCCUUUGUAGAACAUGCUCUCUGAUGAUGAUUCUCGCUGUGUAAGUUUGAAAAUGCAAUACUUACAAUAAAACACCCAGAUUUUCAAACCGGAA